UCCAGUAUUAUAUUAUAAUUUGAUAUAUAAGCAAUAAAUGCGGCUAGGUGACAAGGUCCCUAUGCCUUUUGCUAAAUAAAUGAGGUAGGUGUUUCUAGGCCUCAGGUAACUUUGUUAGCGACGGACGUAGCCGCAGAAGCUUCCUCGAGCUGGGUGAUCGCCCCAUUGAGAGGAAGUGAUCUUUGCAAGUAGCUGAGUUGAUUUAUACAAUCGAAUGUUUUAUAAUAAACUUUAUUUCCCUUUUAUGGGUAUUAUAAGUUCCGUAUAUCUAUAAACCUUAGCAGUACGAGUAUUUAAAUGAAGUUUACUGACUUUUGCACUUCAUGAAUCAAUCGUUGAGUGCCAUUUGUUGAUGUUGAACAGCGCCCUCUAUACUUGGAAAGUUUGUAAUGUAAAAGGAGCAGAGAGGGGUAUAUAAACGAAGUGAAAUUAGAACUACUCAAGGUCAUAUGCUAAUGAGAUCCAAGUUACAGCCAAACUUUAGGUACAGUCAACACUUAUUUAUAACAAGGGAUCAGAGGUACAGUAGCCCAUCUAAGCAGGCAUCUGAUUCAGACUUCAAGUGAUCUUCAAAGUAUAUAUUUGAUAGUACUUUCAAUAUGGGGUUGAAGGUUAUAAGUCUGCAUUACCAGAUUUUGAGGAGAUACAGCAAAACAUAUUACAAACAGUGUAUAUUGUUUACCAGACAUAGUCAAAGUUACUUAUCUACCAAUAUGCCAAACUCCUUGCCUGCAAAUCGAAGUACAUUCUCUAGAAUUUACAGUUCUGAAGCUAAUCAACAUUUCGCUAAGCCUAUCAUUUUUGUCCAUACCGGUACCUCAAGAUGUUUGCAGUAUUCUACCAGUACAACUGAGAACAAAAAGGCUAUAAGAAAAGGUAAAGUUGGAAUAGGGAUGUUGUAUGAACACAUGGAAGAACCAGACACUUAUUUAUCCUAUGAUGACUGGAUGAAGAUAAAAUUGAUUUGGGAUGAUGAAAAUCGACUGAACAUUAAGAUAGGUAAGUCAUUGUUUGUGGAGAAUGCAAUGGCUAUUAUUUGUAGGAAGAAACACUGGCAGCUUGCAAACUCAUUGUAUGACUUUGCUAUUCAAUGCGAUUUUAAAUUCACCCAGUCGUUUAUGAACAGUUAUUUGCAUAUAUGUGUCACUGCAGAAAAACGUGAUGAGGUAUUAAAGAUUUAUAGGUGGUUUGUGGAGAAUGGCAACCUUUUUGGUGCAGCUGUUUUAAAGAAUAUCAUAAAUGGUCUGUGUUUGACCGACCAUUGGAAAGACUCUAUAAAGUUAUUGCAUUCAGCAAAGGGAACACCACAGUUUUCCAACACCGCUUUUAAUUCCUUAGUCUGUGCCGCAUGCUUCCACAAGGAUUACGAUCUUGUGGAAGAUCUCUUUGGAGAGAUGAUUGCUGAAGAUAUACCCAUUUCUGAUAAAACCAUUGUUGCAUUGCUGAAUGCUUAUGAUGGAAUCACAGACAAUAUAGAUUGGUCAGUGUCUUGUAAAAAUAUGGUGGAGAAAAUCCUGUUGUUAUUCAGGAACAAGAGAACACUGCCCUCUAUGGCUGUUGCAGAAGCUUUACAAGAGUGGUUUAGAAGAGUAUCCUUUGAGCAAUGGGACACAAAGAUUAUCAACAUAGACAACAAACACAACUGUCCACGGUGUCAAUCACCUUUGGAGACAUUGGAAUUGAGUGAUGCUGAAUUUAAAAAUCUUCAUAAUGAAGUGAUUGCAAAAGUAAUUCAUGGUACCGACAUUUUCAGAAAAACCUCACCAAAGGAACUAAAAGCAUUCAUGAAGUUUGUGGAUGAAGGUGCCCCAUAUGAUGUUGUUGUAGAUGGCCUGAACGUUGCACUCGUUCAAUUUAAUAAAACACUACGCCCAUCUAAACUGCUCCUAAUUGUUGUCAAACACUUGGUGGAUAAUUGUGGAUACAAAUGUCUGGUACUUGGACGGCGUCACAUGAUAAAACAUUGGAGCAAGUCCGACAUGCAGGCACUUACGGAUUGUGCUGAUUGUUUCUUCACUGAAGACGUAACUGAGGAUGAUCCUUUUAUGUUAUACGCUUCUCUGCAUAGUGGACCACAGGCAGUGUUUGUCACCCGUGACAUGUUCCGUGAUCACAAGGCUCUCCUAGAUUAUGAUACGCAUGUAGCUUUUGUCAAGUGGCAACGUAGUCAUCAACUUUCAUUUAUCAACUUCAAGAAAGGACGACCACUUUUCAAGGCUUGUCGAGUUGAAGAUACCAUUACACAGACCACAGGGGACACCUGGCAUAUACCGGUUGAUGAUGGAAUCAACCAAUUUGCUUACCAGUUACCAACCACCUGGCUUUGUGCCAAAAGAAAUAUCUUAAAUUAGAAUUUAGUUGCCAACAGGGCCACCAAGAGCGACCCAGAAGCCCCCAACAGUUGGGUUCCAAAGGCAGAACCUUUGGGGCGAAGCCGCCAAAAACUAUGGACUUUUAUGCAUAUAUUAGAUGCUUAAUUUAAACCAAUACGGCCAUAUUGGAUCUCAUCGUUUUGUCUCGAUCCAGUCCCACCCUCUCAGCACUCGGUGCUGGUAGUUGCAAAUUAUACAAUUUUAAUACAAUAACUUUUCAAAAACAUGUUCAAUAAAUCUGAUGCCUGGGAGGUUGCUUUCCAAGCCAGCUGCGGUGAAUGCAUUGGGGGAGGGGUGCAGACGGUGCUAAAUUGUAAAAAUAAUUGCUGUAUUGUAUUAUUGAUAUAUUAUUUUUAUCACUAAAAAUAUAGUACGGGUAUGAUUUUAUGUGUAAGAAAUAUGUGAAAUUUCCGAGCACCUUGAGGUCCAUAUUCUCAAAUUGUUUCACCUCAGCCACAACCAUGGUGGGUAUGAAGUGGUGUGGAUUAUCACAAACCCCCUACUGCCAAAUUCUGCAUCUGCCGGACCCCAGUGUACUGUAUUUUGUACAGUAAAUUUCUGGGAUCGUUUACAGAGCUCUUUAGGUUACUAUGGACCAAGGAGGGACCGACUGGUAACUUGUUUAUUAGAAUAUGAUCUCUGUUGAGCUAUCCACUUAAAAACUAUCCAAUGAAUAACCACAUAGUACAGUAAAAGGUAUGUAAAUCAAUGAAUACUGCAUUUUUAUAAAUUUGUUUAAUUGGUUGAUAACUUAUUUAAUCCUCUUAAGCAAGAAAUUCAGGAUUAUUUAAGGGAACUGUAUAUUUUUUAGAUGGUUUGAUUCAAAUGAAUUUAAUUACAAUAAAUAUAUAAGAACACAGAAGAAACUUCGAAUCCCAUGCUUUUAUUAAUUUUAUACAAGUAUCUCAAAAUAGCUUAGUAUAUACAGUAUUUUACUUAAGUCUGAAAAAUUAAUUUUUUAAGAAAAAAAUGUAUUGUCCUGGUUUUUCAAAUAUAUAUUCUGACCUCAGCCUAGUUUGGUGGAGUAAUGAAUACACACACAUGUAAACCUUAAAGUGGGUUCCAGUUGAGGACACAACACUAGAAUGCAUUUAACCCUUUAUUUGCCUGAAAUACUAACCAUAGAUUUAAAUACUGUACAAAUUACAUUACAUGAGGGGCGGGGGAGGGCAACUGCCCCCUGCUCCCCCACCAUUGCCCGAGUAUGUGCAAAUUUAGAGAAAGCAGUUUUAAAUUACACAUUUGAAUACUUUGAUAUUAUAUAUAAUUUAUAUAGAUACAGCAUUUAAUGCUUGACUAAAUUUUGGCAAAAUUAAAAGUAUGAAUGUAAAUUUAUUUA